UAACCCAUUUGACUAGCCGCCAUUUCUUUCUUUUUGUUUUGAGAAAGCUACACCUCUACCUUUUUCUUAUACAUAUUCAUCUCUCUCCUUAAGCAGUUCAUCAAGUUUCAGCAUCUAUGACAGAGCCAAAACCUAGGUAUGCUGUUGUUACUGGGGCAAACAAAGGGAUAGGGUUAGAGAGUGUUAACCAGUUGGCCUCAAAUGGAGUGAAGGUGGUGCUCACUGCCAGAGAUGAGAGAAGAGGCUAUGAAGCCAUUGAGAUUUUGAAAGAAUGUGGUCUCUCUGAGUUGGUGCUUUUUCAUCAGCUUGAUGUCACUCACUCUGCUAGUAUUUAUUCACUAGUGGACUUUGUCAAGACACAGUUUGGGAGACUUGAUAUCUUGGUGAACAAUGCAGGAAUCAGUGGUGUCAAUCCAUAUGAAAUGCAAGGAUCAACAAUUAACUGGAGGGAACUUACUCAAACUUAUGAAAUGGCAGAAAAGUGUGUAAGAACAAACUACUAUGGUGCAAAGGAAACAACUGAGGCAUUUCUUCCCCUUUUGAAACUAUCCAACUCACCUAGGAUUGUUAAUGUUUCUUCCCAAGCAGGGUUGUUAAAGGGGAUUGCAAACAAAAUGGCAAAAGGGGUGUUUGAUGAUGCUGAAAAUCUUACAGAAGAUAGAAUAGAUGAGGUACUGAAAGAGUUUAUGAAAGACUUUGAAGAAGGUUCAUUCAGAAACAAAGGUUGGCCAACCUUCUUAUCUGCCUAUAUGGUCUCAAAAGCAGCCAUGAAUUCAUACACAAGGAUUCUAGCAAAGAAGUAUCCAAACUUCUGCAUCAAUUGUGUGUGUCCUGGUUUUGUAAAAACAGACAUAAACAGAAACACUGGUUUCUUAUCUGUUGAUCAAGGUGCUGCUAGUGUUGUGAGAUUAGCAUUGCUUCCCAAUGGUUCCCCUUCUGGCUUCUUCUAUAGUAGGCAAGAAAUGUCAAAUUAUUGGUAUGGAGUCCUCAGCAUUGACAUUGAUGAAAUUCAUUGCUGCAAUAGCAUGGCAGCAAGGGAUAGCAGUCAGAAGCCAUUUCCUACAGCUGCAAUGUUGAGCAUCCACAUCCACCGUGUAUUUGUACAGAAAUCAGGUAUUUGUAUAGAAAUCAGGUAUUUGUACAGUAGAGAUACCUUGGAGCUAUUGCCCUUGCUUUACGAGCUGUUGAUAUUGACACAUGUGUAUUCCAUUUUCUUAAAGUCCUUUGUCUUACAUCAUUUAUCUUUAGAUUUGGAUUCUCUAUUAGAGUUUGGUCCAAGGCAUAGUUUCCACUUCAAUUUCACCUCCCACUUCAACAUCACUAUUCAGACCACUGGCAUCCCCAAUCUCUACUUCAGCAGCCUCUUCAUGGGCUUCUACUUCACCACCGUGGUGGACAAUAACAUCGAACCUAUCAUCACUCAUUGCCCUAAAAACAAGCUCAUACACUUCAUUAUAUUUGGCACUUGGUUUUGGAGAAAACCACAAACAUUAUUAACACAUCCGUUGAGUUUCAGCAUUUCUAUGGCAGAGCCAAAACUAAGAUACGCUGUUGUUACUGGAGCAAAUAAAGGAAUAGGGUUUGAGACAGUUAAACAGUUGGCCUCAAAUGGAGUCAAGGUGGUGCUCACAGCCAGAGAUGAGAACAGAGGCCAAGAAGCCAUUGGGAAAUUGAAAGACUAUGGUCUCUCUGAUUUGGUGACUUUUCACCAGCUUGAUGUCACUCACUCUGCUAGUAUUGAUUCUCUAGCAGAGUAUGUUAAGACACAGUUUGGAAAACUUGAUAUUUUGGUGAACAAUGCAGGAAUAAGUGGAGUCAAUCUGGAUGAAGUGGAGGAGGGAUCAAAAUUUAGCUGGGAGGAACUCACUCAAACUUAUGCUAUGGUUGAAGAGUGCCUAACAACAAACUACUAUGGUGCAAAGAAAGUAACUGAGGCAUUUCUUCCCCUUCUGCAAUUAUCCAACUCUCCUAGGAUUGUGAAUGUUUCCUCCCAAGGAGGAUUGUUAAAGCUCAUAGCAAAUGAAUGGGCUAAAGGAGUGCUUAAUGAUGCUGAAAAUCUUACAGAAGAGAAAAUAGAUGAGGUGCUCAAAGAGUUUAUAAAAGACUUCAAAGAAGAUUCCUUAAAAACUAAAGGCUGGCCAACCUUCUUGUCUGCCUAUAUGGUCUCAAAAGCAGCCAUGAAUUCAUACACAAGGAUUCUAGCAAAGGAGCAUCAAAACAUGAUUAUUAACAGUCUGUGCCCUGGUUUUGUGAAAACAGACAUCAACAAAAACUCUGGCAUCUUAUCAGUUGAUGAAGGUGCUGCUAGUGUUGUGAGAUUGGCACUUUUGCCUGAUGGUUCCCCUUCUGGCCUUUUCUAUGUUAGGCAAGAAUUGUCCAACUUUUAAAUGAUUUCAAAAGCUUUGCAUUCAUGCAGCUGCAAUAAUGAAAUGCAAUGGCACAAAGUGCCUCUUGCUCAUAUGUUCUACUCUUUUUCUUUAUCAUGUUUUACUCUUGCAUGAUGUGUUGAGUGGAAUUGUGGAGGAUCACUUGCACUUCUCACAUUGUUUUCAUGUUUGUCAUCUUUGAGUUGAUUAUCAAUACAAAUAAACUGUUAAGCCUAAUAUGUAUGGAAAAA